AUGCCGCUUCGUCAUGGCCCAAUUGAACGCGAAAAGCAAGCCCAGCAACACAAUAACAAGCGCCAGAACCAAAACAGGUAUCAAAAUACAAAACACGGCGAAGACAACACAUGCUGUCUGAAAAUGGGGACUUCCUUCCAACUGGGAAGUCGCAAGACCGAGUUGCAUGGCAGUAAGAAUUACAGUUACGUAGACGAAGAUUAUGAUCAUGGAGGAGAAGUUUUGGGCGAGGAAGGAGCUGUAGAUUCGGUAGGAGUUUGAGUAGCCUCGAAUCCUAUCUUGAGUGAGGUAAGUAUUCUCUUUUGUAGGUGGAAAGGAAUGUGAGGAUGAGACGAACCUGA